UCUAUUCCCCUUCAACCCAGACAGAGUUUUGAGGACUCUGGCGAAGCCUUUGGCUCCCUUAUCCGCCCUUAACGAAGCAACCGAAGCAUCCCCGUCGCAUGAGGUACUAUGAACAACGAAGCCAAGACUCGACGAAAAGAGAAGUCAAACAUAGUUGGCAGAAGCAGGGUCAUGACAUGGGAGGAUAUCGAAAUCGCACGAGCGAAGCGAGCUGAGCAGGAGGCUGCUAUAGAAGCUAAAGGCAAGCAAAAACGCGGUCGUAAGCCAAAGCGCUCUGCGACAACAAUAGAGGAGCCUUUAGGGACAACAGCGGAGUCAGCAGAAGCCUCACGCGUAGUCACAGCUCAAGAUAUCAUGGACAGUGCCAAUGGUCAAAGAAAGUACAAGAGAGUGAGGCACGAGCCAGAGGAAGCGACAGCGAGGGUGGCGAGUAAAACUGUGAGAUUGCCACAAAAGAGGCUGCGAGAGCUGCAGAAGUGCAGGCGAUCGGAUGACGGACUUCAGUGGAGAGGACUGCGGAGGUUUCUUAUAAAGCCCAGUGGCACGCAUGUAUUAAUAUGA